CUCGGAACGGUCCAUGGAAUUACUUCUGCAUAACAGAGAGCGACAGACCGUACGUUGAAAUGUCUCCGCAAAGCUGCUGUAGCUGUAACAUAAUUUUCUAUGACAUGAAUAUAUCCUGAAGUGGGCAACCAUGAGUGCUGUAAAAAUGCCGGGGACGGGCUUGGAGGAUGUCGGUGUUCCUGGCCAAAGCUUUCUUAGAGAUGCCUUGACAAGUUGUACAGAUCCCCUAAAGGCGAUUGAAGAAUUUCAGUUGGAGAACGGCGUCUUGUUACCUUCCCUUCGACCAAUGUUGCCACUGUUAGAUCUCCAUGGUGUGAGAAGGCUAGACUUUCACACAUCAGUUCUUGAGGAAUUGCGAGAGAGGCUUGUGCAGCACAUAAAUGAGAUUGGGCAAAAGGAAGGGAAGGAAAGGGACCGUAAACUGAAGGAACUUCUUGCCAAAAGCUUUCCUGUAGUUAGAGUGAAAGCAUUGCGUCCUGUAGUCAUGUGUAUUCUUCGUAACACACCGCACAUAGAUGAAAAAUACCUGAAAGUAUUGGUUCGUGACCGAGAACUGUAUGGUGACACAGACACUGAAGUGAAGAGGCAGAUCUGGAAAGAUAACCAGUCACUUUUUGGCGAUGAAGUUUCACCAUUACUUAGCCAGUAUAUCAAGGAGAAGGAGAACAUUCUCUUCGAUCAUCUGAAUCUCACGAACCUUUUCUUCUCUCCAUCUCCUAAAGUGCGUCGGCAAGGAGAAGUGGUACAGAAGCUGGCACACAUGAUUGGAAGCAGUGUUAAACUGUAUGACAUGGUUCUUCAGUUUUUAAGAACCCUGUUCCUUCGAACUCGUAACAUUCAUUACUGUACUCUCCGAGCAGAGCUUCUGAUGGCUCUCCAUGACUUGGAAGUUCAGGAUAUUAUAUCUGUGGAUCCAUGCCAUAAAUUUACGUGGUGUUUAGACGCGUGCAUCAGAGAAAAGAAUGUUGAUAUCAAAAGGUCACGAGAAUUACAGGGUUUCUUGGAUAGCAUUAAGAGAGGUCAAGAGCAAGUACUGGGGGACUUAUCCAUGACCUUGUGUGACCCAUAUGCUAUUAACUUCCUUGCUACAUCGGCAACAAAAAUUCUUCAACAUUUAAUUAAUAAUGACUCUUUGCCCCGGGAUAACACUGUUCUUAUAUUAUUGCUUAGGAUGCUGGCACUUGGACUGAGUGCAUGGGUUAUGAUUGAUUCGCAGGAAUUUCGAGAACCAAAGUUGGAUAGCCAAAUAGUUACCAAGUUUUUGCCAGCUCUCAUGUCUCUGAUGGUUGAUGAUCAGGUUCGAAUGCUGAAUAGCAAAUUGCCACCAGAUGAAAGAGAAUCUGCAAUCACCAUUAUUGAACAUUCUGGUCCACCUCCAGAUGCAUGUCAGGCAUAUGUUCAAGAAAGCAGUGUGGCCAGUAUACUUGCCAUGUACUACACAUUACAUACGGCUAGGCAGAAAGAUCGUGUUGGACUCAUGAGAGUUUUGGGCACAUUGGCAAACUGCAAAAAUGACAGAGCAUUCGAAGAUCCAUUUCUUCACUCAUUGGUCUCUCUGCUAAUACACAUGAAUGAUGAGUUUUCAGCAGAAGACUUUUGUACUGUAAUAUUUGAUGAGUUCUUCUUUGCGGGUUUGGCCCGUGAUAAUGUGCCUAAACACUUGCUAAAACUCUUAUGGUAUAUUUACCCAAAACUUCCAGCGGUCCGGCUUCAGACACUUGUUAAGGCUUUGCAACCAACCAGUCAGCAUAAUGAAGCAGUACACAGGCUCUAUGAUUCCCUGCAAGAAAGAAUUGGGAGCCAACAAGACGUACCCCAUGUCCCAGCAAAUAUGGACCAUCUAGAUUCCCCACUCAUGAGCGUUCCUACACCAGCUCCGUUAUAGCUGUGCUUGGUCUAUUUUGAGUUCCAUUGAUGGCAGACCUGUGAACCUGCUUGCAGUCGAACCACUGAUACAAAUCUAAUGGAUGUAAAAGUUUUGACUCUGUUUAGAAGAGGUAAUUGAGGUAGAAAGUGAAAAUCUGAGAAUUACAGUUGGUCUUGCAUUUUUUUAAAUGUAUGGAAAUAUAUAGCAUAUGAGCUGUAAUAGGAAGAUAUUACUUUUAUUGUGACUAACACCAUGGAAUGCAUUACUUCUUGAGAACUGAAUAGUUUCUCGGGUAGUCUGGAAAUUAGUACCUUUUAUGGGACCAGAUUCCCCAUUACUCUUCACAAGAAUCCAUCUUUGGUUCAUGUUUUGAGCCAGAUGAAUUCAUUUCACACGUUUCACAUCCUUAUAUCGUAUUUCUGUAAGAUACCUUUCAAUAUUAUCAUCUCAUCUACACCUGUGUCUCCUAAAUUAUCUUUUCGCUUCAGGUUUUUCUGAAAAAUUGUGUUUGCAUUUCAUAUCUCUCGUGUGCCUGGCCCAUCUUGUCCUUUACUUCAUCAAGAUAAAUAAUACGUGGUUAAAUGCCCAGAUUAUGAGGCUGCUUAUUGUGUAUAUAUCUCCAGCCUCCUUAAUGCCUUUUAGGUCCAAACAGUUGGUUUUGUUACUAUCAAAUACAGCCUCAAAUAUUUUAUACCUCACGAUUCUCAUGUGUUUCAUCUCGCAAGUCAACAUGAUCUCUCUCACAUUUUAUUACAACCUAAAGCUAGUGUAUAUUCAGGCUUAAAGACCUUUUCUUGAAGAUUUUUAUGUGAAUAUGAUAUGAAGUUUGCAGAGAAUUGGUUAUGAAGAGUUCUGUUUUCUGGGAUAUAACACCAUGCAGUCUUGAAAGGCAGCUGAUCUUCUGGAGUUACAUGUUGCUUUAAUUUGGAAUUACUGGGGUUUUGGAUUUUCUUCAUCAUCUGGUAUCCCAAAAAACUAGGAACCCAAGGUUUCAGAAACUGGAACUGUUUCCAUCCUCAAGUGAAGGGUCCCUUAGAAAGAACUAACCUCAGUCAUUGGAAAACCUAUGCUAGUAUAGCUACUGUUAUAGUAAAAACACUACACUUCAGUUAUUAACAUGUCCUUACGGUUUAUUAUUAAUAAACAAGAGGAGAAGCACUGCUUCUCUGUAAUAGAAACAAAGCAUGUCUGCACUUUACACGUUACAUCAACAUUCAGCCUAGCUUCAUCAUGGCUAA